GACUAUGAAAUCCGUGCAGAACGCUGACAGCUAUUCAAUUUUACUGUAAACAUCGAUAAUGUUUAAUUAGUAUUUUGUGUACAGGCGAUCUGGAUUUAGUCCCGAAGGUGUUUACUAUAAAAGCGGAAGGGACAACAUCGGAUAAACUUUAAAAUGUACUCGGUGGCGUCUCUUUUUAUUCUAAUUGUGUGUGUCGCAGCCAGUGGUACUGCAUUAGAGGACUUCAAUUCGACCAGUGAUGUUUACGUGCCGAUAGUCAACAAUAAUGGUGAAACUGUGUACAUUACCGAGGAACUGAUGAGGAAACUCGAAGAUGAAUGGGAGACGUGGCAUUGGACGCCGUGGCUGCGGACGAGGACCGAAGUGGCAGAGAAUAUUGUGCGGGAGAUAGAUUGCAUCGGUGGUGAUUCGAUAGACAGUUUUCCUGAUGACGCAUUUACAGAUGAUCAACUGAGAAAAGGAGCAUUUUUGCUGUACGUUUUAUUCGGAGUGUACGCGUUUACACUUUUGACGAUUGUUUGCAACGAUUAUUUCAUUCCAUGCGUCGAAUUUAUAUGCGAGGAUUUGAAAAUACCUCAGAACGUUGCGGCGGCUACCUUUAUGUCGGUAGCAACAUCGUGUCCCGAGUUCUUCGUUAACGUGAUAUCCACAUUUCUUACGGAGUCUGACAUGGGUGUCGGUACAAUCGUGGGCUCGGCGAUCUUCAACGCGUUAGGUGUUGCUGCUAUUGGAGGUCUUGCUGCUAUAAGUCCAAUUACAAUAGACCGUCGUCCAGUUACAAGAGAUGUCAUCAUUUACAUGUUCAACGUUGUCGCUUUGGUCAUUAUUGUUUGGGACGGUCGGAUCGAGUGGUAUGAAGCGUUAGUGCUCGGCAUUCUGUACGUCACAUACUUCGUUGUGAUGUUUAACAGUGUCAGAAUAUUCGCUUUAUACGAUUCUAUUAUGGAAAGCAGAUCGCGGAACAAUAAUCAACAUAUUGUGACGAAUGACAACAAGACCACAGAGGGCAUUGAUAACAAAGGCUUCAAUAACGGCGAGAUAGUGAUUAACAAUAUUCCCGAAAAGGUUGCUGUAAAUGAGAAAGCGGAAGAGCUGGAAAAGCCUAAUAAAAGUGUAUGGCGUUAUCCAAGAGAAAAUUCUUUAGCGUACAGAAUUUGGUGGGUGUACACUUGGCCACUCAAGUUAAUACUAACUUUUACAAUACCUUUGCCCGCAAGAUACAGGAAACUUUAUCCGCUGUCGUUUAUUAUGUGUAUUGUUUGGAUUGGUGUUAAUUCUUACUUCGUUUCAUGGAGUAUGACCGUUAUUGGACACACAUUCUUCAUACCGGACUCCGUGAUGGGAAUGACGUUUUUGGCGUUUGGAGGCUGUCUGCCUGAGGCCUGUUCUAUAUUUAUUAUGUCGCGGAGAGGUGAAGGCGGUAUAGGUGUCUCUAAUGCGUUGGGAGCUAAUUCUUUAGCGAUCCUCUUCGCUCUCGGUGUACCUUGGCUCAUCAGAACCCUGACAUUAGUGGGACAAGGCGCGGAAAGUUCUGCAGUGUACAUAAACUCCGCUGGAAUCGGAUUUAUUGUGGGCUCUUUGUUAGUUGCGGUUGCUGCUUUAUACGUUACUCUGUUUAUUGGGAAGUUUCAAUUAAGGAAACGAGUUGGUGGUGUUUUAGUUGUACUUUAUGUUAUCUUUAUAACUUUCGCUAUUCUAGUAGAGAUGGGUAUCAUUAUUGAUAAAGGUAUCGAUUUCUGUUAACGAUUAAAUUUCAUUAAGACUGUACACGGGUGUGUUUGAGUAGACGACAGCGGCUGUUUCAAUCUGUCCGUGUACAGUUAACCUUAGAUAUUUUUUUCGCUGCAAUUAUCAAGGACUGAUAUAUUUAUAAUACG